UAAAACGUCACCAAAAGUGAACGCAAUCAAGAAGUUGUAGGAAGUUUCUUCAAGUUUCUCUUUGUAGUAAGAAGUAAAUAUCGGCAAAUUUAUUCGCAUUACAAAAAAGUUUAUUUUUAUAAGAGAUAGACAGAGAUGAUUCCAAAAGUCAACUGCAUUACAGCAUGCUUGAGUCACUAUAAGUUAGGAAUUUUAUUAUUCCUUGUCUUGAAUAAUAUUGGACAGACAUAUGGAGGUCUUACUAUUAACUUUAUCAGCAGUAGUUGUGGCAUGGAGUAUGGUCUUGCAUUUCAUAAAACUGCACAAAUUGAGCAUAAAGGGUCAGAUAUUUUACAUGAUGACCAGUGUAAUAUGGGAUUUUUCAAAAAUCAGUUCACUGAUGAACAAAUAAUUUGUGUUUCUGGUCAGGAAAUAAAGCUUGAUUGUAGGACAAUUCUUGAAUACCAUGCUGGAUAUAUAAAGGAUAACAGAUCUGAUGCAGAGAAAUCAAUGACAUGUAGUAAUGCGACACUUGAUGAAUGGUGUGCAAAAUCAUACCAAAGCACUGUUUACAUUGUAAUAAGAAAAGCAGCUGAAGUGACAUCUGAUGUUAUAAGAUUAGAGGUUUAUGUGAAAGAUGCACCAAGUCAUGGGCGAAGAGAUGCUUUGAUAUAUGCAUUGCCAAUUGUGGGUGUGGUUGUGAUUGCAUUGAUUUUAGUGGCUUAUCAAGUGAGGAGACGCCAGAACAGACAAGGAUAUCUUGAAAGUAAAUAUGAUGCAGACACCGGAGCAAUUACUAUGCAGACAGGUGCUUUAAAUCUAUUCAUUUAAGUAUUUCGAGCUGAAUGUUGUAAGUGGUUCUACUCAAGUACCUGCUUGU